CCCGGCACGUGAAUCGUCGCCGGCUUGCUGCUCCGUGACGAGGACAUGGCGUUCUGCUCGUCUCUCUGUCGCCGCGCGCUCAGGAGGGUCCUCGCCCGCGGCGGAGGACGAGGAGGACAAGGAGGCGGCGGCGGCGGCUGCGGGGACGACGGCGCGAGCUUUCACGCGAGCGCCAAGCGGUGCGAGGCCGUGGUGAUCUCGGGCGUGGAGCUGGCGCGGGGGGUGCGCGCCGAGGUGAGCGACGGCGUGCGGGCAUGGGUGUCUGCGGGCCACCGUCCGCCGCACCUCGCCGUGGUGCUGGUGGGCGACGACGCGCCCAGCCGCACCUACGUGCGCAACAAGACGCGCGCCGCCGAGCUCGUGGGCAUCACGAGCACCGCCGAGACGCGCCCCGCCUCCGUCUCCCAGGAGGAGCUGCUGGCGCUCAUUCACCGGCUCAACGCCGACCCUGGCACCGACGGUCUGCUGGUGCAGCUGCCCGUGCCCGACCACGUGGACGAGCGGGCCGUGUGCGACGCCGUGUGCCCGGAGAAGGACGUGGAUGGGUUCCAUGUGCUCAACGUGGGGCGGCUGUGCCUGGACCAGCGUGCCAUGCUUCCAGCCACGCCGGCCGGGGUGUGGGAGAUCCUGCAGAGAGCCGGGAUCUCCACGUUUGGGAAGCGCGUGGUCGUGGCUGGGAGGAGCAAGAACGUGGGGAUGCCCAUCGCCAUGCUGCUGCACACGGAUGGCUCGCACGAGCGCGCCGGAGGUGAUGCGACAGUGACCAUCACGCACCGCUACACGCCCAAGGAGCAGCUCAAAGACUUCACGCUCAUGGCCGACAUCGUCAUCAUGGCUGCUGGUGUGCCGGGGCUGCUCACGGCGGACAUGGUGCGCCCCGGUGCCUGCGUCAUCGACGUCGGCAUCAACCGCGUGGUGGACCCGCGCACGGGCCGGGCACGGCUCGUGGGUGACGUCGACUUUGAGGGUGUGCGCCGUGUGGCAGGCCACAUCACUCCCGUCCCGGGCGGCGUGGGGCCGAUGACGGUGGCCAUGCUGAUGAGGAACACGCUGCUCGCAGCCCAGAAGGCUCUUGUUUAUUGACAUCGCCUCUCUUGCCACUCAUCGUCAUCAUCAUCAUAACCGUCAUUCUCCACCACCAUCACCGCUACCACCACCGCUACCAUCAAUACUGCUGCUGCCAUCACCGCUACCACCACCAUCAUCACCACCAUCACCACUAUCACCACCAUCACGAUCACACACUACCGCUUCUACCGGUACCAGCACUGCUGCUACUGCUGCCUUCAAUACUAUCAACACCGCCGCUACUGCUGCUGCUACCGCUACUGCUGCUACUGCUGCUGCUGCUACUGCCGCUACUGCUGCUGCUGCUGCUACUGCUACUGCUGCUGCUGCUGCCAUCACCACCGGAUUGCGGUGGCCGAGGCUGCCCGCCCUGGUUCCACCCCCGGUGUUCCCUGUUUCAUCGUCGUGUCGACUCGUGGAUCUUUGGGCCCCUUUGGAACUCUCUGGACCUCUGUGGUGCUGACCUCAGGGUGACACUACCCAGGGUCAUUCUGGGAAAGCAGAGACUCGAGCCAAGGCGGCCGAGCUGGUCUGGAACAUCGCUGCUGCUUCCAUGGCGACCGCACCAUCACUGUGGUGAUCGUCAUGGUGAACGUGUCGUCACCAAGGCGUCGCUGCUGUUGCUAUCGUCAAAUUAUUGUCGUCGUGGUGACCGUGUCGUCACCAUGGUGGAUGCGUCUCUAUGAAGGGGAUUGCUGCCGUUGCCAUGGGCUAAUUGCCGCCACCGUGACAACCGUAUCAUUACCAUGGUUAUCUGGUCAUCAUGAAGGCGUCGCCGCUCUAAUAAUUAUCAUCUUGACGACCAUGUCAUCACCAUGGUGACCAUAUCGUUACCAUGGUGACCAUAUCGUUACCAUGGUGACCAAGGCGUCUCUGCUGUUGCUGUGUUUUUAUCAUCGUCAUUUUGGUUACAUUGUUGUUUCUAUGGUCCGGCUGUCUUUGAGGUCUCUCUAAUGUAUUCGUCGUCUUAUUAUCAUCAUCAUCACUAUGGUAAUAUUGUCAUCGCCAUGGUUAUGUCAUCGUUUUUGUGGUCGUAUCAACGUCUGUGGUCCAAUCAUCAUCAUUGCUAUGGUAACAUCUCUACCCUGGUUACAUAAUUGUCUUUGUAGUCCUAGCAUCGUUGCCAUGGUUACAUCAUUGUCCCCGUGAUGACAUCAUCGCCAUUCCGACAUCAUCGUCACCUCGUUUACAUCGUCUCUCUGGUCACAUCAUCGUCGUCACCAUGGUUACAUCGUCACCAUGGUUACAUCGUCACCAUGGUUACAUCGUCACCAUGGUCACAUUGUCAACAUCGUCACAUCAUGUUGAUGUCGUCAUCUCUGUGUUGUGUUUUGAAUACGGUGCCAAACAAUUGUACUCUGCGUACUCUCAGAGUCCGUGUACUCACGUACUCCGUCGCGACACUCCACGUUACUGUGCCAGCGCACGUGUUUUAUAUAUAUGCAAUGUAUUUAUUGAGACUGGCACGUGUGUGUGCACGCGGUGCAUGUGUGUAUCGCGUGUGUGUAUCUUGUUUUACAUGGGAGGAUCUGUGUGUGUGUGUGUCCCCUCCGUGGGCUUUACCGGAGUCACACAACGUCGCAUAUCCGACCGUAGCUUGUCCUCCCUGACCGAUUGAAUGCCCCACGGGCCAAUCGGCCCAGUGCAGUAUCCGCACGCGGUGCAACAAAGAAUGUUCCAAAGAUGUUCAGUCAUAUGCUUUGGUUUUUCCGGUAAAGUCGCGUAGGUAAAAAUAAAAAAAAUAAAGUGAAAACUCAAUUAAAUCACGACGUUUCGGGCGCAACACAACGUAGCGGAAGCACAAACGCUGAAGUGUGUCUCAGAGAUGGCUGUGACGAGGGAUUAUAUAGUCGCGGGGCGUGGAGAGAGACACACUUCAGCGUUUGUGCUUUCGCUACGUCGUCCCCACCUGAAGAAGGAUGUUUGUGUUGCAUUUAAUUGAGUUUUUUUAACCUACGUGACUUUACCGAAAAAAAACCAAGGGUAUGAAUCCUUGCAGUCACAAAAGCUUCGGAUCUAGAAUGUUCAGUCAUACGACCGUCGCGUAACCGCCCUGACCAAUUAACCGCCCUGACCAAUUAACCUCCCUGCACCUCGGUGCAGUGUUAUUGACUGUGCUGGCGUUACGGUCGUCUCCAAUGGACGUUCACAAAUCCGCCCGUACCGCAGUCGGAUAUGCGACGAUGUAUUGUGCCGCGUGCAACAUAAGAUGCAAGAACCACGAUAAUCGUGUCGUCCGCAUUCUGCUAAACAUCGUUGCUCAUUGUUUUGUUUUAUUUAAUAUGUAUUAAAUAACGAAGACAGUACAUGAAAGUUCCAAAUAAAA